CACACAUAUAUAUAUAUAUAUUUAUUUAUAUCAUUUAUUAUUAUGAUUAUGUACUGUGGUGAUUGGUCGACUAUGUGCGUCAUUAAAAAAUAAACACAAUAUUAUUAUUUUAUUAUUAUCGCGAAUAAAUGUUGUUGUUUUUUUUUUUUUAAAUGUUUUACAAUUACUAUUAUUGAACAAGUACAAUAACAUCGACUCGGACUUAUCACCGCGGACCGUGGAGUAUUAGACCAUCAGAUAUCAUAUUAUUAUUGUAAAUUGUAAUUAUAUAGCGUUCAUUGGGUCGAAAAUUAAAACGUCGUAGGUCGUCAUCAUGAUAAUAAUAUUAUCUCAACUAUUAUUACAGAAGAUCGAAGAAUGAGCCAGCUACCUGUAGUCUGUGUAGUGCCAGUUACGUGAUCGCGAUUUUUUGCAUAAUAAUAUCCCGACGAUUUAUUGAAGUACGAAAAUUCCAACAUCGCCUCAGACGUACGAUUUCGUUCUCAUGUACCUGUCAUUUUAAUUAAAACCUGAGUGGUACACCAUACCAACUCACUAAUCGUAACAGGUUAGUCAUCUCUUUUCAAAGUCGAGAACGAUUUGAAUACCUAGCAAUAUGGAGAACAGUAACAAGAGACCGUUAGAAGAUGGAUGUCAUUAUUUGCAAACAGAAACAAAGAAACCUAAAGCGUCUCAGGUCACUUCAAUUACAUCUCAUUCUAAAUCUUCUAAGGAAAUUAUUGGUUUUCAAGAUUUAUCCGAUGAUGUUAUCAUGUAUUUAUUUAAAUAUUUAUCACAUGAUAAUCUUGCUAAAAUGGCACUAACAUGUCCUAACUUGUUAAGAAUUAGUCAUGAUUGGACUCUAUGGAAGAAACCAAGAUUUGAAAAGUUUGAAAAAUCUAUGGAAGACAUAUACUUGAGCUACUUAAAAGAAGAUACCAAUGAAUUGUUUAUAUCGUGUAAUGAUGUUCCAAGUCCAGAUUAUUCAGUUUCUCACAAAUUUUUAAUACAGUUAGAAACAAAAUGCCCAGAGUUACAACAUUUAACAUUAACAAAUCAAGUAUUUGAUGCUGGUGAAAUAAGUGUAAAGAUUUUACAUCGAAAAUUAAAAACACUGACAAUUGAUAAUACAACUAUUGAAAACAUUCCAGACAGCUCUUCAUAUUUAUGUGGUAUAAACAAUGCUUGUCCAGAUUUAGAGAGAAUUAUAAUGACAAACAAUGAUUGGUUUUUACCAAAUUGUUUAUAUGCAUUAGCCAAGUUGGAACGUUUACACUACUUAAGUCUCGCAGGUUGCAAACAGUUUAAGGACUGUAUUCCAUAUGCAAGUAUUACUGCCAUAACUGGAUUUAAAUCUUUACAGACACUCGAUUUGCGUUUUACUCCAGUAAGUGAUCAUGAACUUGUAUGUUUUCAAAGAUUAACAACUUUGAAAAAUGUUCUUUUGGAAAGUCCUACCUAUAUGAAUCAUGAAAGAGAUGCAACAAUUACUGAUUUGGGUUUGGCAGGAUUCUGUACUGCUACCUUUGAAUUCCAUUAUCCAUACAUACAAAUUUUGAUUGAUAGACGUGGUGGAGUGAACUUGAGAAGAGUUCAUGAAAGGAAUGGCAAUGUUGAUAGAUGUAGUAUUGAAACUUUAUAUGUACGCAAUUAUCCAAAAGUAACUGACGCAUUUUUGAAAACUGCCGUCAGAACCUGUCCAUACCUGAAAUCUUUAGAUAUAACUGGCUCAUGUUGUACUGCAGAGGAGAUUGAAUAUUAUAAAGCAAACAGACCUAGUACAAAGGUAAUAUGCUAAAAAGACUGAGAAAUAAUAAAUAUGUUGACAUAUAGGGUAAUAUAUUGUUAUGUGAGGUAAGCUAAAAAGGGAAGUCAGACAUGUUGAAUUCUUAUAUAUUUUGUGUUAUAUAAAACUCAUAAAAUUAAUUAUACAGUAUAUUAAUAUUAAUAAACCAGUUUAAAAUUAAA